ACCAGCUCGACUAACGACCACGACCUCACCCUUUCAGAGGGUUUGGAGAAUAUGCCUCCUCUCCGAAGCAGAGACGAGGUCGACGGCCACAGCGACGAGGAAGCUCGACCUCGCAUGGUUGUCAAACUCAGUCGCAAGGGCAACAGCAGCACAGCAUCAGGUUCUGGACCGUCAUCGUCCCGCGCCACUCCCACACCCUCGACGCCCGCUAGUGGUCCUGGCGAUGACGAGGGCGAGGGAUCUGAUGGUGAUCUCCGUGUUGGUCUUGCGUUUCGAUCAGACGACGAGGACGACGACGAAGGGUAUGAACAGGGCGGGGCAAGCGCUAUCGUUGCACGUGCGAGGGCAGCGCGGGGAGGGCAAGCUGCAGCACCUGCUCCGAUGGACGUCGAUGAGGAGGACGUCGAUGCGGAAAAGGAUUUCAGCGAAAUGCAGCUCAAACCCGAUCAUGCAAGCAGACCUCUUUGGAUCAGCCCUGACGACAUGACGAUUACAUUGGAGGGUUUCAGCCCCAUUGCUGAACAGGCCCAAGACUUUUUGGUGGCAAUCGCAGAGCCUGUCAGCAGACCUGCCUUCAUCCAUGAGUAUCGUCUGACGCCUUAUUCACUCUAUGCCGCCGUCUCUGUCGGCCUAAAUCCAAACGACAUCAUAGAAGUUCUCAAUCGGCUGUCCAAAGCGCCCGUUCCCGAAACCGUGCACAACUUUAUCCUCAAUAGCACCGUAUCUUUCGGCAAGAUCAAACUGGUGCUCAAGCAAAACAAGUACUUUGUCGAGAGCGCACACCCAGAAGUGCUCAGGAUGCUUCUCCAGGACGAAGUCAUUGGUCAAGCCAGGGUUAAGGACUCCGAUGCUGGUAGAGGGAACAAGCUGGAAGUGAUUGGGCAAACAAGUGCGCCCACAAGGGGUGACCUCGUCAUCCCUGGCACAGAGAGUGCGGCUCGGCGGCAGCAACAACUGCAGCAACAGUCAGGUGGGCCACAGCAACAGCCGGCCAUUGGUCCUCGACCUGGAUCGACUGCGAAUCCUGCGAACCGCCCACCUAAUGCUGCUGGGGGGCCUACCAAUGCCGGAGGCACAGGUCCAGCUCCAGAAUCGGCAACCGCUGCCCGUAGAGAAGCCGAGGCGGAUCUGUUUGAUGCUAUCAUUGGUGUCGACGAGACUGACGAAGCCGGCAAUGAUGACGAAGACGUCGUGCACUCGUUUGAAAUCGAAGAGAAGCAAAUCGAGGCAGUCAAGAAGCGAUGCCAAGACUUGCAAUACCCCAUGCUGGAGGAGUACGACUUCCGGAACGACACGAUGAAUGCGGACCUCGACAUCGAUCUGCGACCCAUCACCCACAUCAGACCAUACCAGGAGAAGAGUUUGUCCAAAAUGUUUGGAAAUGGGCGAGCAAGGAGUGGCAUCAUUGUCCUUCCAUGUGGAGCCGGUAAGACGCUCGUCGGCAUCACCGCGGCAUGCACCAUCAAGAAGAGCUGUCUCGUUCUCUGCACCAGUUCCGUCUCGGUGAUGCAAUGGAGACAGCAAUUUCUGCAGUGGAGCAACAUUCAGGAGCAUCAGGUCUCCGUAUUCACUGCCGAGAGCAAGGAGAAGUUCUCGGGGCAGUCAGGCAUUGUCGUCUCGACAUAUUCCAUGGUGGCCAACGCCGGCAAACGCUCCCACAGCUCUCAGAAGAUGAUGAACUUCUUGGAAUCGCGCGAAUGGGGCUUUGUCCUCCUCGACGAGGUCCACGUCGUGCCCGCUGCGAUGUUCCGAAGGGUGCUGACCAACAUCAAGGCCCAUUCGAAGCUGGGUCUGACGGCGACGCUGGUGCGCGAGGACGAAAAGAUCGACGAGCUCAACUACCUUGUCGGUCCUAAGCUCUACGAAGCAAAUUGGAUGGACCUGGCGGCAAAGGGCCACAUUGCCACCGUGCAGUGUGCAGAGGUGUGGUGCCCGAUGACCCCCGAGUUCUACCGCGAAUACCUGCGGGAGAAGUCGAGAAAGCGACAGCUGCUCACGAGCAUGAACCCUAGAAAGUUCCAGGCCUGUCAAUUCUUGAUUAAUUAUCACGAGAAGCGAGGUGACAAGAUCAUCGUCUUUUCCGACAACGUUCAUACUCUCAAAGCGUAUGCCAUGCGGCUAGAAAAGUGCUAUAUCGAUGGCCAGACUGCGCAACAAGAACGAAUGUCAAUUCUCAACCACUUUCAGCACAAUCCAGCAGUCAACACCAUCUUCCUGUCCAAAGUUGGCGAUACGUCCAUUGAUCUACCGGAGGCGACAUGUCUCAUCCAGAUUUCGUCGCAUUUCGGCUCCCGACGUCAGGAAGCGCAACGGCUUGGACGAAUCUUGCGAGCCAAGAGGAGAAACGACGAAGGUUUCAAUGCCUUUUUCUACUCCUUGGUGUCUAAAGACACCAACGAGAUGUACUACAGCACCAAACGGCAGCAAUUUCUCGUCGAUCAAGGCUACAGCUUUAAGGUCAUUACGGAGCUGCAGGGCAUGGACGACCUGCCGGAGCUCGUCUACAAGACGCAACAGCAGCAAAUUGACCUGCUGAGUGGCAUCUUGAUUUUGGGCGAAGGAGCAGCCGACAGUGCGACGGACAUGGUCGGGCAGGAGUGGGACGCCGACAUGCAAGGCUUCGGACGGUCGGCGGGAGGAGGUGGGCAGCGGCGUGUGGGAGGCAAGUUCGCGGCAAAGGCGCAGAGAACAACAGGAAGCCUCAACGCCUUGUCAGGCGCAGAGCACAUGAGCUACCACGAGCGUAACAAGGCGCAGAACAAGUCGCUGCAGAAGGAGAGGCAUUCGAUGUUCAAGAAGAGAGAUGCUGCAAAAUCAAAGAGGGCAAAGGAUGCCGCUUAGUAGGUGGUCCGCCACCAAACAUGACCUGUUUUCACUGUGGAUGAUGCUGCACUUGUAUUAUAGUCACGAAUCAUAGCUGCAAAUGAAUGAUUUUUAGU